GAACCUCAGUCGCUUACAAGUCAUGGCGAGGGAGGGAGUGUGGCUUGUGGCGGUCGCGGUAGCCCUGGUGCUACUGCAGGGCGUGUCCUCUCAGCAACCUGACACGCUCUGCGGAGAGUGUGACAAGUCCAAAUGUCCGCCGAAGGAAGACUGCCCGGAAGCGGAGGCGGUUGACAGCUGCGGUUGCUGCGUGGUGUGUCGGCGCAGUCUUGGGCAGCGCUGUGACCCUAAGCCUGCUGCAGGGGUGCUCUAUGGGCCCUGUGGCGAGUACCUCGUCUGCCAAACACGCCUUGACAUUGCCUCAAGCGACGAGGCGACAUGUCAGUGCGUGCAGCAGAAGGAGGUGUGCGGCAGCGACAACGUCACCUACACCACCAUGUGUCACCUGCUGGAGGAGGCUCGUGUCCAGCCUAACCUUACCGUGCAGCAGCAGUCGCCGUGUCUGUCCAAACCUGUGAUCAAGACGCCACCGCAGAGCUCGAAGCGACAGCUGGGCGGCAUCCUGGUGCUGGACUGCGAGGCCAUGGGCUACCCUGUACCCAGCAUCUCCUGGGAGCUGUACAAACCUGACGGCAACACCAUCAAGCUGCCAAACGACGAUUCUGGCAUUGCGGUUCAGAUCCGUGGAGGUCCGGAGCACCACAUGGUCACGGGGUGGGUGCAGAUCAUGAAGGUGACGAAAGACAACGUAGGCACCUACGUCUGCAACGCCGAGAACUCCCUUGGUGCCGCCAAAGCCACGGCCGACAUCUCCUACAUCGGUAGAGAAAACGAGCUGUAACGGGCUGGUUGGGCCAGUGCCUCUCACUGCCACUCUCUGAGCUCCUUCGUAUUAAGUAAUGAAUAUUCACGUCGACAAAACUGACGAGUUGCUGAGACUGCGCGUGUGGUGUAACGAGUCUCUCCUACCGACGUUAUUCCUGCAAUUGGUGUCUCAUAUCGGAAUUCGACUGGAAAUUUCUUAGCGUUAAGGAAAUACUUACUUGAUAAGCAAAUGGCAACGUUGACUAGAAUAAUGCGACUUAUUUGAUUUAAGGUAUAUUGAUUAAGUUUUACACUGGUGUCAUUGUUAAUAUACUGCAAAUAAAUGUUUUGAUACGUAAAUGUUCUACAAUUAAAAUCUUUCAUGUUGCGGAAGCUCA